AUAUUUAUUACUUAAAAAUGUCAAAUAUUUCAGAGAAAAAGAUGAAUAUGAGGUCUUUAAUAGGAGUAUCUAGUCCUAAAUAUUCAAAUACAUCUUUAAAAUGCAGGAAAUCUAAAAGUUAUGAGGAAAUAUUAGAUGAUAAAGAGAUAGCAGAAAAACAAAUCAAUAAUGAUUCAGAAAAAAGGAAUAUUUCUGCUUCUUUUGAUAAAUAUCAAAGAGAAAGAGGUUAUAGCCAGAAUUGCUAUGCUUGUAAUCCUUCAAUAUCUCCAAAAUCAAGGAAUUUGAUUAAGUUUAAUGAACGUUUUUCUAAAAAAGAUAUAUCAGAUGAUUUACAAAGAAAUAACAGUUAUUUUAAUUUGGAUUCAUUAAAAUUACUUAAGAGUUUUCAGCUGGGCUUUUUGUGGGAUCAUUUAUUAAUGGAACUUGAUAUUAGUGAAAUAGAAGAAAUAAAAGAAAAAAGAGAAAAAUUAAUGAUUAAUUAUUUGCUUGUUCCUAAGGAAUUAGAAAAGGUUCUUUUAUUUGGAUGGCUUAUUUGCCUUGAUACACUUAUGUAUUUUUUUACAAUAUCACCACUCAGAUUUAUUAAAGUUUUAUAUAAGAUUUUUAAAAAUAAUUUAAUAUGUGAAAAUAAGGACCGCAAAGAAAGCAAUAUAAAAUCAUGUGAAAAAAUUGAUAUUCUUGAAGGGCUUUUGAUCUUAGGAACAUGUAUUAUUCUUCAGAGGCUAGAUGCUAGUCGUAUUUAUCAUAAUAUCCGAGGACAAGCUACUAUUAAGCUUUAUGUUAUAUAUAAUGUUUUAGAAAUUGGUGAUCGUCUUUUAUCUGCAUUUGGACAAGAUGUUAUAGAAUGUUUCUUUUCAAAAGUUUCUAGUAGAGAAGAUUUAACUAAAUAUUAUUAUUUAAAUCUUAGUUUAUACUUUAUUCUUGCUUUAAUAACUAAUGUUUUGCAUACUACUAUGUUGUUUUAUCAAGUCAUGACUUUAAAUGUUACUGUUAAUUCUUAUUCGAAUGCUUUAUUAACUCUUCUUAUAUCAAAUCAAUUUGUAGAAAUUAAAGGAACAAUAUUUAAGAAAUUUGAAAAUGAGAAUAUGCUUCAAAUGACAUUAGCUGAUAUUGUAGAGCGAUUUCAAUUAACAUUGAUGCUUAGCAUAAUAUUGUUUAGAAAUUUGAUAGAAAUAUACGAAUUGAGGUUUCCUUUUUCAUUGUUUUCAGGCUCUUUUUUUCAUCUUUCAUCUUAUUCUGUCUUUUUUAUGAUUAUGACUCCAGUAAUAUUAGUUAUGGGUUCAGAAAUAUUUGUGGAUUGGCUUAAACAUAUGUUUAUCAUAAAAUUUAAUCAUAUACACUCAUCAAUAUACUCACGCUUUGCAGAUGUGCUUUCUGACUAUUAUAUUAGCUGCAUGAAUAAAAAAAAAGAGACAAGUAUUAGACAGCCAUAUUUUAUAUCUAGGAAAAUUGGUCUCCCUAUCUUACCUUUGGCAUGUUUAAUUAUUCGGGCAUUUUUUAAGAUUUACAGGAUUUUUUAUUCUUCUAAGCUUUUUAUUGAUAUAAAGAUGUUAUUUAAUGAUCCAUCAUUAGAAAAAACUAAGCUUUUCUUAUCUAAGGACAAAUUUAUUUCUAUUUUUUAUGGAACUUUUAAUAUGAUUCUUUUUUUUUUUUGUUUGAUAGUUAUGAAAUUAAUUUUAAGCACAAUACUUAUGAAACUUUCAUAUAAAUAUUAUAAUAGAAUUGAAGAUAAAGAGGAAAAGGAAUUCAAAAUAGAAAAGUCAAGUUCUAUUGGUCAACAGGAAAUUAAUGAAAAAACGAGAUCAUAUAUAAAUAAUGUUCAAAGUAAAUUUAAAGAAGGAACUCAAAAACAUACUUUAUAUACUCUUGAAAGAUAUUCUAUGGUAACUAAACGGAUCUAUUGAUAUAAAUUAUUUUUAUAUAUUUUAUUUCUAAUCCUUUAGUUUU